GUAAAGGCUAUAGGCCAGCCCAGGGGAAGAGCUCGGCCCCGGAAAGGGAGUUCCGUGGAUGCGUGCGCGCGCAGCUGGCGGGAGAUAGGAAAUAACAAUAACGCCCGAGACGGCGCACAGAAGUGUCCGGAGCAGCAGAAUGUCACGGCGGUCCCGUGGCGAUGAUCUUGAGGAUUUGCAAUAUCAGGACACAGACUCUGAUGUCCCAGAGCCAAAGGAAAACCGGGUCAAAGUGAAAUGGACCCCAGAAGAGGAUGAGACUCUAAAAGCCUUGGUGAAGAAGCAUGGACAAGGUGAAUGGAAGACGAUUGCCAGUAACCUUAAUAAUCGUACCGAACAACAGUGUCAGCACCGCUGGCUUCGUGUUCUUCAUCCUGACUUGGUUAAGGGUCCGUGGACAAAAGAGGAGGAUGAAAAGGUAAUUGAGCUAGUGAAGAAGUAUGGCACCAAGCAUUGGACCCUCAUAGCUAAGCAGCUCAGAGGCCGCAUGGGCAAACAGUGCCGCGAACGCUGGCACAAUCACCUCAAUCCGGAAGUGAAAAAGUCAUCAUGGACAGAGGAAGAGGAUAGAAUUAUAUGCCAAGCCCAUAAAGUAUUGGGAAAUCGAUGGGCUGAAAUAGCAAAGCUGCUUCCUGGGAGGACAGACAAUGCCGUGAAGAAUCAUUGGAACUCUACCAUCAAACGUAAGGUGGAGACUGGAGGAUUCCUGACUGUGAAGGCCAGUGGGCAACAAGAAGAAAGGGAAGACUCUGGGUACCAAGCUGCAGAGGACCAGGUACAAGCUAAUCAUGUACUGCUCUCUGAACCUGUGGAACGCAGUGCUAACAUUCCUGAGGAGCCAUCAAACAUACUUUCUCCCAAGCUUCUGGGUAUUAGAUCUGAGCAAGAAAGCGGAGGUGAAGGUUCAAAUUCCGAAUCUGCCACAGCCAUAGUGGAUUCUGCUCCAGAAAAGUGGAUGGUGGAAUAUGUGAAUUUCCUGGUGCCCGGAUCAGACAUAAUGGAAUCUGACCCUGAAGCGUGGUGUGAAUUAUCCAGUUUUGAUCUGGGAGAGGACUCUACCAUCAGUGAUGUUGGAAGCCCCACCCACGCUGCUGUUACUGACAAACCCCAGGCUUCUAAUGUCACAGAAUACCGCCUGGAUGGCCACACCCUCUCUGACCUAUGCAAGGGAAAUAAAGGGGAGCUGAUACCCAUAUCUCCUCAGCCCCAGACCGCUUUUGGAACACCUCCCUCUGUGCUGAAACAACACAAGAAAAGAAAGAUUACCCUGUCACCUGUUACAGAGAAUGGUGGUAGCAUUACUACAUCAGUUACAGAAGCGAACAGCAUGACCCCCAAAAGCACACCAGUGAAAUCCUUGCCUUUCUCCCCAUCGCAGUUCUUGAACUUCUGGUCCAAACAAGAUGCACUUGAGCUGGAAAAUCCGUCCCUCACCUCUACUCCUGUGUGCAGCCAAAAGACGAUGGUGACCACUCCUCUUCAUCGGGAUAAGACCCCGCUGCUGCAGAAGAAUUCUGUUUUCAUCACACCGAAUAAUAAAUUUGCGGCAGACCAUGUACUGCACACUCCAACACCGUUUAAAAAUGCACUUGAGAAGUUUGGGUCGCUGAAGCCACUGCCACCAACCCCUCAUCUAGAGGAGGAUCUAAAGGAAGUUCUACGUAGUGAGUCUGGCAUUGAGCUAAUCAUUGUGGACGAGCCUAAGCUUGAACGUCAGAAGCGAAAACCACACAGCCCGAUGAAAAAAGUGCGCAAGUCCCUUGCUUUGGAUAUUAUAGACAAACAUCCGAAGCCUUUGUCACUAACUCUUCCAUCAGCUGUUUCUGCACAUAUGCAGCCUCAAACCUGUGAUAGUUUCCUGUCUGUGUCUCUCAAUGAGUCUUCCUGCAGCAGCAGAGAGGAAAACAAUGUCCUUAACCAAGGCUUUGUCCAGGUCAAGACAAGCAAAGGAGCCGUUGCACAGCUUGGGAACACCUCACAGCUACUCACUGACAUUGGCGAGCUGGUGAAAACCCAGUGCAGCCUCCGUAAUACUGAAACAGCCACUCCUUUUAAAACAGAGAAUGGGACAUUCACAAAUACAGACUUGUGCCCGCAAUCACUGAUGGACACGUUUCAUUCUACCGCAGUAGCGUCUAAUAAAUGUCCAACCAUCAAAACAGAAACUCUUUUCCAAGUAAAGCCUGAAAAGACAAAAAUGCAGAGGCACAACAUUAUGAAUAUUCCAGAGCCGAUGACCGCCGCCUGGAAAACAGUGGCUUUUGGUGGUUCCCAGGAUCAGAUGCUGAUGCAAGAGAAAGCACGGGCAAUACUGAACUUAACAUAUAAACACAGCUCUACCUCGCGAGCACUUGUUCUUUCCUGACAUUUGUCCCGCUAAAUCUGAUCCCAUCUCCUUCAUGAGAGCAGGAUUCUAUUCGGCAUACAAAUGGAUUUAAAGAUUCAUGCUCUUGUUUACAACUUUGCAGCGGAGUCUUCACAGUCCCAGGAUGUGUCAUUUUAAAAGAAGAGUCUGAGGGGUGAAUUUAUUCUCCAAUGCUAUUCCUUUCUUGCACAGUUGCCCUGUUAAUCUUGCAGUUCUCUUGAGCUGGGUUUUAUUCUUGUGCCACUGGCCCCCAGAUGAAUCUGUUCUUUGCUAGCCAUUAGAUGGCUGACUUUUUUUUGGCAAGUAGAUAUUUGCAGUGGGAUAUGUUCAGAAAGUGAAUAUUUUAUGUAUUCCAUAGGAGACCCUGGGCUUAUUCUUUGUUCCCAGACAAGCCUGUGCUCUUUUCUGUAACUAGUUAGUUGCAGAGUGAAUGCCCAUGGCACAAAUACGUGCACUAAAUUGCCUUCUUUUGAACAGCAUUUGCGUCAAAAAAAACCUUUAAUCAAUGUUUAUUCGUAAUCUUGAGAAAUAACUGGAAAACAAAUUUGACAAAGUAAUUGAAACGUUCAAAGCCUUAAGAUACUGGCUUUGUAUGUUUUAAAUGCCUUUCUUGUGUAGUCAAUCUAUGCACCUAUGCUUAUUCUUACUGGUGGUCUCAUGUUGUAUACUUUCCCUUUCAUACAUGUAUGUCAAUUCAGAAUGGCAACUGCAGACCUCAGUACGAGGAUCGUUCUACCUCGUCAGACAUGAGUUAAUUACACCGGCAUUGAAACUAGAGUUCUUUUCAAAUCUGGAAAACAAAUGGUCCGGUUCUAAGGAGAGCAGAGAUUUCUAGGUGGUUAGUACAUCUUGAAGCAUGGAAAGGCUAGAAGAUGGGUAAUCUAGUUACUGUAAUGAGAUUGCUCACGUGCAAAACCCCCCUAUCACGAACAUUAGCUUUGGGAGCCCAGUAACACCAUUGACAGGUUAAGAGCCCCUUCCUCUUUGGAAUUGCAAUUUUUUUUUAAAAUUCAUGCGGCGAUGCAAAAUAUAAAGGUGAAACCCUGUUA